CAAAAAAGUCGUAUGUGGCGCCCGAUUGCAGUUUCGGUGUCUUAUGAUUGGAUGUGGAGGCUGCAUCUACCAGCUGUGUUUACUAAAUGAAGUAUUUCAAAAGUUGUCUUAUGUAAACCCAUAUCAUGUUGUCAUUCUUCCGACGGAAAUCAGUGGGAGCUACGACUACCAAGGACGGUUUUAGGAGUCCAUCGAAAAGCAGUUCAAUGAAUAGUGAGGAAGAAGUAGUGCCCAUCGGAGAGGAGGCACUUCUUAAUGAACUUGGUUACAAAGAUACAAAUGAUCUAAAGGAAACUAUAUACGAUGCGUUGCGAACAAUUCGCGAUCCAGAAAAGCCUCACACUUUAGAAGACCUAAAUGUUGUCUACGAGGAUGGUAUUUUCGUUCAAAAUCCAACUAAAUCAAAUGUGUACGUGGUGAGAAUAGAAUUUAAUCCUACUGUCCCCCACUGUUCAUUAGCGACUCUAAUUGGACUUUGUAUACGUAUUAAAAUCGAAAGAAGCUUGCCCCAUAAUAUCAAAUUAGACAUUUAUAUAAAGAAAGGUGCACAUUCUACAGAAAUUGAAAUUAAUAAACAAAUAAACGAUAAGGAAAGAAUAGCCGCUGCAAUGGAAAACCCGAAUUUGAGAGAACUUGUUGAAAAUUGUAUUAAAGAUGAAGAAUAAAUGGAUGGACAAAGCUAAUAAAGCCACAAGUACAUGUUUAAAUGAACAGGAUUUAAUUAUUUAAUCUUUGGUUGAAUUCAGAAAUAAAAUGUUAUUUACAAGCUAUAAAUGAUUCUGGCUAUUAAAGAAAUUUCGCAAAAUA